AUGGCUGAGUAACAGUAGCAACCGCAUCAACCAGUUGCAACAUCAAAACCAAUCAAGUUAGUCACACAGGCUAUUACUGGCAGCAUAAUUCCUCCAGUUUUUAACUCUAAUGUGCACUCGAGGGCCUAGAGUUAAGCUAUGAAAAACUCUACUGGUAGUCAGUUGAGUUAAAUUGAUAAUUCAGUGUCAUCUUAAGGAUAGGACAAGAUACCAUUGAACCAAAACCCUUUUAAGUACCUGUACAAAUUGAGAUAUUAAAAUCCAUCAAUAAAAGAAAAUUAACAAAAGUAAUAUAUUGAUCAGCUUCCAGCCCUUGUUAACAAUACCUAAGACGAUUUCUUUUAGAAGAAAUUCGACUAAUAUCUGUAAAAGGUUUCUGAUCCAAAAUUUAGCAAAACCACUACUUCUAAUUUCUUAAAUAAAAUGACUACAACUAAUACACUCGCAAUGACUUAAACUAUGAAUUAAUCAACAAGUUCGAGAUUUAUGGAAACAAUGAGCAAUAAGAAAAUGCUCAAGACAAAUGGAUCACUUAGAAACUUGAAAGCAUUAGAGCCUUUGAAAUUCAGAUCUAAUAGCCACACGUAAAGAUCAAGUUCUUAACAAAAUAAAAUCGAUAUUUAGCAGGUGCAGUUCAAUCUAAAUAAGUUAAAUGAACUUGAUAAAACACCUGGCUAUGAUGAGUUUGGCAAUACUGACGAUUUUAAUCAAACUUGGAGGAACACCUCUUUGGGAAAUUUACGCACCUAUUCUACGAAGUUCAAUGAUACUCACUUUAAUGCUGGUAAUACUACUGGAGGAUUCCAUACAUCUAGAAGUACUUUAAGUUAAUAAUAGAUAAAAGUAGAGUAAAAUAUUUAGACGUACAGGGAUUGGAACUAGGCAAACUAGCUCUUAAAAAAUAAUCGAGAUUUUCACCUGGAUAUGACAAAUGACAUGCAUGAAUUUCAAGCAGAUAGAUACUAUAAUACUAUUAAGGAUUUCAGCGAGUAUGUGCAUAAAAUCAAAGAUAUGCCUGUGAUCAGGGUAAGUAAAAAGAAAGAGCCUAAGGAGAAUGAAGACUUUAAGAUUUAAAAGGGAUCUAAUCAUGAGAAAAAUAAUCAGAAAAAUCUACAACAAAAGCAUGUGUACUAUAAUUCUUUGAUAUCAUCUGAUAUGAAACUAUAUUGGGAGAAGAUCCCAGCCAUGAAAUGGUCUCCUGAUUCCAGAGAAGGAGCUACAUUUUUAUGUGUGGAGUAGAAGGUAUUUUUAUUUGGAGGACUAAGCAGCAAACUACAUAAAGAUACUGAGAUUCUAAAUGCUUCUACUUGGAGAUGGCUUAAACCUCAGGAAUUCAAAGUUAGACACCAACCGAAUCCGAGAUACAAUCACUCAGCAGUCAUAUAUUUCGAUCAUAUAAUUGUCUUUGGUGGCUAAUAAACAUACAAUCCAUAAACCAAAAUAAGGAAUACUCUCAAUGACCUGCUUUUAUUUAAUACUUAAACAUUUGAAUGGGAGUAAAUUCAUUAUGGGGGGAUGUUCUUUUCUAGAAAGUAACAUGUAGCAGCCAUUGUUUCACAUCACAUGCUUCUUUAUGGAGGAUGUAAUGAUGAAGGCAUAUAUGAGUCUGGACUAUUAGCUUUGAACUUAGGAACAUUCAAAUGGAUGCCAUGUCCAACUGAUGGAGAAGAUCCUGGCAAACUUAUCAAUCAAACUUGCUGCUCAGUAAUUCACCCAGAGCGUGCCACUAAAAAAUCAUUUUCUCUGUUCAAAAAUCCCUCUGAAAUGAAGUAUCGUUAGUUUAGUAGAAUCAAGCAUGAGGGUGUUUAUUUCUUUGGUGGUAAGAGACCAGAUGGUUUUUCAACGAAUAAUCUACAUAUUCUAAGAAUUGGAAUAAAGCCAUUACAAUGGUUCUAGCCAGAAACUAAAGGCACCCCUCCUCCACCAAGAUACGGUCAUAGUAUGAACUAUUUCGAGUCUAUGAACUGCCUAGUAAUAUUUGGUGGUAGAAAUGACACUCUCCUUGAGAAAAGAUAUGACUUUAAGGAAAACUUUCUAAAUGAUCUGUGGCUAUUGCAUCUUGAAAAUAUGACUUGGAUCAGAGUUAGCAAUAUAGGCGAUGUUCCAAGUCCAAGGUAUUGCUUCAGCUCAGCAAUAUAUGGCUCAAGAUUAGUUAUAUUUGGAGGGUUAAAUUCUUAAACAUAUAACAACUCAGAUCUAUAUAUAUGUGAGCUUGAUCCUUUGCUUUCUAGAUAGUAUGAAGCUGAAAAAAAUAGAAAAAUUCUAGAUUUCAAGAAGGAACUUGCCCGUAACAAGUUCAGUGGAGAGGAUGCCUAGUCUUAAACUGCUUAGAUACUUCAGAAAUAUUUCGGAGAAAGACUUAAAAACAAAAAGAUGCCCUUGCCAAUCAACUUGAUAACUUAUCUUGAGAACCGUCACCAGGCAAUUGAAAAGUAGAAAAAUCUUUAAAAAUAAAUUCAAAAGAGCAAUAACCAUCUCACAACUUAUUAAAUAAACAGUUCAUAGCAAAAUUCUUAAAACUCCAAAACCCCCAAUGAUCAGUUGAUUGAGGGUCUUCAGCAGUUCGUAGUCAGUGCAGGUGUGUCUAGAAUAGAAGAAGAUUAGGAAUUCGAGGGAGAUAGUUAGAAGAGCCUGGUUGAGAAGCACAAUGUAGAUGAGGACUCAAUGAUGAACAACUAGGGUAUCAAUUAGUAUUUGGGGAGAAACAAUAUUCAAGUUGAAGGUGCCUAUGAACUAAAAGACACAUCGUUUGAAGAUUCUUAUGAUCAAUCACCUGCUAAUAAAAGGUGA